GGAUUUUCUGAGAAGAGUCAUGACCGGUCAGGGGCUAUCAUUCUAAGAUAUAAUAUUAAAAUCUGAAUAAAUUCUCAUCUCCUUCGCGAGCAAUGUCAGUGUCUUAAAGUUAACGCUGUGAAGUGCUUGUAAUUUGUGUUUAGUGUAAAAUAAAACAAAAUUUAAACGGAAGCCAGAAUGAGGCUUUUAAUAUUAAUAGCCACUAUGUGGGCUAUAGCUUAUGCGAAGCCUGAAAUGUACAGAGAAAGUGAAGAUUUUCAGUAUUCAAGAAGUUCUUCAGACGAAGGCAAAAAGUCGGGAUUCUAUGGAUCUCAGAGAGGUAAUAUGGGAGGUAAUUACGAAAGGGCACACAAUAUGGACGGAUUAGCUCAGCACCAAAUGAGUACGGCUGUUCGGCAAGUAGAAGGUGAACUCGGCGAAGGAGCAAAGGCAAAGUCAGGCAGUGUUUUCACAGCCGCCAACUCAAGAGGAAUUUUUGGAUCCGGGCACUACGAUCUCAGUCUACAAGGAAGAAAUUUCGACGAAAGUAGUGAUAGUGACAUACUAUCGCAUUCAUCUUUAACCUCUCAAAAUACUGGCUACAGAAGCUCGGCGCAUAACUCCGGUUAUAACCGCGGGUACACAAAGAGUUCUAGACAAAGUACGGGAUUUGCAUCAGCCGAUUUAUCUGAAGAUCAUUCUACCGAUUUUACCCAAAGUAAAUUCGUAGAUGGUGCCCAACAAGCUAUUAAUCAACACAGCUACGGUAACCAAGAGGCUUUAGGCAGUGAUUACAAAAUUUAUUCUCACGCUGGAAAUCGGGCACAGAAUCAAAUGGUCGGUACAAAUCUUCACAGCACUUACGAUGCAUACGGUAGGCGAAUCACAGAUACUCCCGUAAGAGUUAUUAUGAGACCAGGUACAAGUGUAACAGUACCAGUUUCUGCUCAAACAUACGACGCGUCAUCUUCGUCAUUAAGAGGUGCAUCUUAUGGUCAAAACUCUUUAAACACAGAAGCUGAAGAACUAAGCAAUAGUGAUAGCAGUGUUUACGUUAAACCAAAUACAAUUUAUUAUACUAAGCCAAAACAUUAUGAAUCAUCUUACAAUUAUCGAAAAGAAUGGGAGAAACACAGUGCAUACCCGGAAGGAAAUAUUCCGACAGAAAACCCAUUAACAAAAAAUAGUGAACUUUAUGACGAUUCCCUUUUAUUACAAAACGCUAAGGGGCAAUACAAUGCAAUAGAUUCGAGUAGUACUCACGGUGGUAGCGAUGUUGUCCGGUCUAGAAACACUAAUAUUGGUCACUUGAAAAGCGUGAAUGCUGCUCAACAAACUAAUAGCUAUAAUACAAAGUCUUCAUCGAGACAUCAAUCUCAAUAUAAUUAUGAAACUGCAAGUAACCAAAACGCAGCAGCAUCGGCACAUUCAAAUUCUUACACAGUGGUAACUCCAAGUACCGGAGCUGCUGUAAAUGCUUACGACUUAGUGGAAAACAUUGACUCAAAACCGAAAACUUAUCACUCUUCUUACGCCUAUCAUAAGUCAUGGGAGCGACGCGGCGAUCCUUACGUAAUAAAACCUAUUGGUGGAGAUAACAGUGCACAAAUAUCACAGAAACUUGUAUCUGGGUCUGCUAACCAAGGCAUGUAUUCAUCUCAUCAAUAUGGGUCUCACUACAAUCAGGCGCAUCAGAGUUUAACGAAAGGUGGAGUAGAUUGCGACGAAAACGGUCACAUCCGAGUUGCCCGGUCAUCUCAGGGCCAACCUUGGCAAAAAGAUGAACAACAAUUUGAGGAUCUAGGACAAGAAAUUCAAAAUCAGUGGGGCGGACUGGAGGACCUGGGACAGCAAACACAAAACAAGUGGGACAACCUUCAAGGACAGUUAAUUCAACAAAGUCAGAAAUUAGAAGAUUUUGGUCAACAACAUCAAAAUCUGGAAGAUCUUGGACAACAAAAUCUAGAAAAUUUUAGUCAACAACAUCAAAAUCUGGAAGACCUUGGACAGCAAAAUCUAGAAAGCUUUAAUCCUCAACAUCAAAAUCUGGAAGAUUUGGGACAGCAAAAUCUAGAAAAUUUUAAUCAACAACAUCAAAAUCUGGAAGAUUUUGGACAGCAAAAUCUAGAAAGCUUUAAUCCUCAACAUCAAAAUCUGGAAGAUCUGGGACAGCAAAAUCUAGAAAAUUUUAAUCAACAACAUCAAAAUCUGGAAGAUCUUGGUCAGCAAUUACAUAACCAAUGGGACAAAUUUGACCAAUUUAAUAAACAAUCAUCAAGCAUUAUAAGUGAAGAAACACCAGAGUUAGAAUCCUUUGAAAAACCAAAGGUGAAUAAGGAAAGCAUAGGUCCAUUAUCAGACUUUAACCAACAUCAAGAAAGUGACAAACAAAAUGCAAAUACCUUCUGGAAUCAACACAAAAACUUUGAUGCUGGUGAUGUUUCACAAAAUACCGAUCAAUUAGAAGGCUUCACAAAUGAAGACUUUCAAAUGAGAGACAGCCAACAAUUACAAAAUCAAUUAGAAUUGCAAAAGAAAUUAAUUGGAACCAUGUAUGAUAUUUUAAGCAAACAUAAAAAAAAUGACGACUUUCAACCUUCAAUCUCUUAUAGUAAUCCAAGUAAUUACCAUCACAAUAUAAACUACAAUGAUGGUGAAAACCAAUAUACCGGAUUCUCUCAUUAUAGUCAUGAGGCUAGUAACAAUGGUAUGAGUUCAACAUGGCAGAAACAAUACAAUAUUCAAGGAAGUCAUAAUAAUAAUAAGCCAACAGCACCAUUACAAAAUUUUUGGAGCAAGCUAGAUAAUUUAGAUACACAAGGAAUGAUAAAUACAAAUAAGGGCACAAAAGAUGAAAAUUCAUACUCACAAAUGUCAGAUAUGGACUGGAGCAACUCAAAUUGGGGACAGUUUCAUGCACACCAUGAUAAUCAUAUGUUUGAUGGCUCCUUCACUCAUGAUGAAAAAAAUUCAAUAAUGUCUCAAACUUUAAAGGCAACCACUUCAGUAAAUAGUGUACUGUCAAAAGAAAUUGGCUCAACAACAUCUAAACCUACAUAUAAUCCAAUAUCCAAUAUGCCUAUAAGCCCUGUUGAUGUUGGCCGUGGAGACAUAGGGGCAGAUGAAACAACUGAACUAAACAAUGAAAAUGAACGCACAAAUGUUUACAUUCCUAAUUCACCUCACAAACAUUAUAAAACUACAGAUGAAAUUGAAUCUUUGAGUUUAACAGAAGAAAACAAUAACAGUGCAAAAGUAUCACAUGUAAACUCACAACAGACUAGUGAAGACAAGUGGAACCAAUUAUUUAAGCACCAUGAUGUAAUAGAGCAUAAAGUUGAGGAUUAUUCUUCAACUCAAACGUCUGCAACUACCAAAGCAAUUAAAUAUAAACCAACGGAAAAGUAUAGUAAUACUUACACAGGUAAAGAUGCUAUUGCUAGUAUAGAGAAAAUAAAUAAACAAAAAGAUACGACAUCUGAUAUCGUUGAAGAUAUGGCUCAUAAAAUAGAACAAUUCCCAUACCAUAAUGAACAGAAAAUUAGUAAUCAACAAGAUAUACUCAAUUCAUAUAACUUUGAAGAACAAAGUCACGAACCAGCAAAAGAAAGCGAAAUUCAACAAAAUGUGAAUGAACAAUUUGAAGAGUUUGGACAGCCAAUUCAAAACACUUAUGAUAUUGGGCAAUCUAGCCAAUCCUUCUGGGAACCAGCUAAUUCAGAACAGAGUGAAGUACAACAACUUGAAAAUUUUGGAAGUUUUGAAAGUAUUGAAAACCAACAAUUAGAAACAUUGGAAAGAAGCAAUGAUAAACUUCAAAGUCAGAGUUUGUUGAACUUUGAACAACACACUUCUUGGGAACCAGUAAUUGAUAAUCAACCUAACAACCAGCAGCAAAAACCUAUGUCUACAACAAUUAAAACAUUUAGCCAAGAAUUAAAUGAAAAACAAGGAGAUCCCCCAUCCCUCCCGCAUGUAAUUACUUCAGAAGAAACAGCAACCGAAAAAGCAGGCUUUUGGAAAUCUUUUGGUAGUAAAUUUACAGGAGCAAAAGACACAGUAGUAUCUUGGUUUAAAGGUAGUUAAAAUAUAAUACGUGUGAAAUAAUUAAAUGUUAGAAUUAAGUUAUAUAAAACUAUUUUUAUAAUUAUUUCUCUUACCUCAGGUAAUGAAUUAAAGUAUUUAACAAAGGCUUGCUGCUUGACCGAGUCUGAAAAAAAAACCUUAGUAUUUAAAAUAUGAUAAUGUUUGCAUGAAAGAUGUGGAUAAAAAUUAAAAGAAUUACGAUAUAUA